AUGUCGAGUCCGGCCGCUGCCCUCUUCGAUACAGAGACUAACGGGGAGGUCCUACAAGAAUUCAGAGAUCUCGCUCUUGGUAGCCUGGGUGCCGUUGAAGAUCCCGGCGGUGCGACUCGCAUAGGCGACAAAGACAACAAGGGCGACCAGGUGAUGAGAGAACACGAUAGGACCAACAGCGACGGGUGCCUCGAGAGUGACAAGACCAUCAAGGACAAGAUCCUCCCACUCAUGUCUUUCGAGGUCGAGUUGCGCGACAAAAUCCUCGAGUACCUUGUCCACGGCAGUCCCAUUCGCGUCUUCCUAGCUCCACGAGGCAGGGACCCACCAACCGCGAUUCAGUUACCGAUCACAGCACGCGUGGGCAACAGGAAGCUCCGUCAGGAGACCAUUCGUGUCGCACUCAUGAACACAACGCUCGAGAUUCACAGUGGCCCUGGCAACAGAAAGCUGCAACAGUGGCUUUCCUCCAUCGACCUCUCGUUGGCUAGCAAGGGACAGACCAACGGCUUCGACGCAGUUAAGAAGUUGAGCUUCCCAUACUUCAGCUUCUUGCCUUACGACAGACUCUUAGCAGACACACCUCACGGCGACAUCGAGCUAAUGAAGAAGUGCUCCAACCUUCGCGAAGUCAGUAUCUAUUUCUCUCCCGGGCAGGUCUGCGAUUACUUUGCGCCAGACAAGUCGGCACAGCAGCUUCGCCAGGACUACCGCCUCGAUGGCAUGCUUGGUCUGGAGAAGCUUGAGACACUUCGCUUCCUCGGCUGGUAUGGUUCGAAUCCAAACUCUGGCAUUUGUGAGCUCGCUAGGUGGUUCGAGGACUCGUUCAAGAGUCAGAAGGAGGUGGGCAAGCGGAGACGAUGA